UCUUUGUAGCACCGAACGGAAGGACACGUCACUCAUUCUGAUUCCGGAAGAGGACCUCUGUGUGCAGAAACUCCUUCAUUCACAUCUGAACCCGAAUUAAACGACAAAAUCAUGUCGAACUCAGUGAUCUCGGUUGUUUCUCGGUUCCUGGAGGAGUACACCGGCACGACGCCCAACAAGCUGAAGGUGGUGGACGCGUAUCUGCUGUACAUCUUGUUGACAGGAGCUCUGCAGUUCCUCUACUGUCUGCUGGUCGGAACCUUCCCUUUCAACAGCUUUCUGUCGGGCUUCAUCUCCUGUGUGGGCGCUUUCAUCCUAGCAGUAUGUCUUCGUAUCCAGAUCAACCCACUAAACAAAGGAGACUUCCUGUCCAUCUCCCCAGAGAGAGCCUUCGCUGACUUCCUAUUCGCUCACACCGUCCUCCAUCUGGUUGUGAUGAACUUCAUUGGUUGAAACGGACGAGCAUCUGACUCACGGUGUCCUCCCUCUCAGAAGAUCACGACGAGAGAAGUUAUCAAAUCUCCCCUUCAAGACACGAUGCUACAUCUUGUGUUUGUGCCACUGAGUCACAUCCCACCAUCAACAGGGAAUUAGUUGCAUCUUGUCAAACACGAUGCAGUACAAUUUUCUUACAGAUAAUGAUUGAUUUCGUGCAUUGUUUUUUGAUAUAAAAGUCUGUAAAGCAUUCCCUUUUUGCACUGAGAAGAAGAAAUAAAAACAACUCAAAUGGUGACCAUGAGAAA